GAGUAUUUUAUUUCUUUUUUUUUUUACUUAUGUCUCAUUCUUUCAGAUCAUAGUUUAAACAAUGGAUUCUAUAUCAUGUAAUUUUGUUUUUAAGGUCCGCUGAUCAUACCGUUGUCCACUGCUUGCAGUGCCACAAACCCCAGGAAAACCUUGCUGCUCACCUGGCCAGAGUCUGCAUGAAGAAACGCACGCCCGAGGAGAGAGCGGCCGAGGUUCAGAAAGCCAAGGCUUCGAGCAGAGAGUGGGUUCGGAUGAACAGGACCUGGGACUACAACCAGAUCUGUGCGCUCCUGCCUCAUCACCGCUCUCGCGUCAUCAUGUUUCUUCAGCGUGGUUUUUUUAUCACGAACCAGCCCCGCGAGUCUGACUGUGAUGAAGAUGAUGCUUCUGCUCCUUCAUCUGAUCUUCCUCAAACCCGGUUGGUUCAGAGGGCUCCUGGCAUUAAACACUGCCAGAAGAUCGUGAGAGUGGCGAAGCCGGACGUGCUCAGGAUCCAGAGGGACCUCCAGGCGGGCAGAGAGCUCUCCAACACGGACCAGACGCUCUACCGCUAUUACUGCGAGGCGCUCUUGGUGUUUGUCCACAUGCAGCGUCCCACAGCUGUGGAAGCCUUGACGGAUGCCGAGUGGGUGAACAAGACCAAGCUGGGUGACAGAUUUGUGAUCGGCGUACAGAGGGAGAAAACCUCGAGUAUGCAGAUCGCUCUGAGGAGGAAGCUUGCUUGGAGCUGUACUUCAGACGAAUCAGGCCUGAGAACAUUCAGCCGGAGAAACUCUGCAAUAGUUUCUUUGUUUCGUCAUCCGGCGUGGAGGUUCAAAGUGUCUCUCGGGACAUGAAUCGGCUCCAUAAAUUGUACAAGCUGGCUCCUUUCUCUGCCCAGUGUGUGCGGAGGGCUGUUGAGGAGGCUGCAGAAAAGCUCCCGGCGCAGCAACAGGAGGCGCUCCACCAUUACCUGUCCAUCAGCGCUGGUGCGGUCCGGCCGCAGGAUGUCAUCAACGCAGCUCUGCUGCUGGAAUCAUUAGUCAGCACAUUUCACAGUCCGCAAGCCUUCAGCCGCAAAGGUGGCACGGCUUAUUACACAGGAGGGGUGGAAGGUCAACUGUCCCAAGCCGGAGGACAUCGAACGGCUGUGGACACCACCUUCGAAGGCAGAUGUUGAAGAUGACAAGUUCAUCCUUCGCUGUGUGUCUGAGCAGAACUGGUCGGGCAUGGCCAUAAAAGACUUUGGUGAUGAGCGUGGUUUUGGUGACAAUUGGGCGGAACAAUGAACGCGGUGUUGUUUCCAUGGGGAGCUAAUUUAAUGUAACACCCCGCCGGUUGCCCCAUGAAAAACAGUUCGGCUGGAUUCCGCAAAGGAGAAACGAGCGGCAGCUGUGAGAUGGGCGGAGAUUGAAUCAUCGCGUUCACGAGGGGGAUCAUAAAAGCAGAUGUUCGAGUGAAGAGGGCAAGCGGCAGGGGACAGAGGAAUCCACGGCAGGGAAGGAGCCUGAAAACAGCAGUUCAACCCGGAUGGAGAAGGAGAGACAGCAGUAACAGUAAAGUGCCAUUGGAGAUCCUCAUUAUCUGACUCCGGUCUACCGUAUAUAAACGACCAGUGAAUUUGCCCUGGAUCUUUGUGCAUUCUGAGGUUGCCUAUUGAGGUCUUCUGUUUGAUAUUGUGGUAACCUUUUUAUGGCAGUGGUGUGUGCGUAGUAUACUCUCCAUACAGUGUGGACACGCUGUUCCAUCCAACCUGGUCUCACAGGAUUCCGUGAAAUGUCCACGGGCUAGGGCUGGGCGAUAUAUCGAAUAUGUACG